AUGUCUCAAACCGAAAACCAUUUUGUGUUGGAUCCAAGAGAAGCCACCUUCUCGGAAUUGAUACGUCUCCUCUUCUCCUCGGAUCUCGGAAACAGAAAGUUCAUCCAUUCUUCUGAAGAGAGUGUUGAAUAUGAUCCUUGUAGAUUCCGGCGACGAUGGAUCAUCUUUGUGUCCAUCGUUAUUCAGAAACUCUUGAUUCUCCUAAAGAAACCUCUCUACUUUUUGGGAUUCACUCUUUCUUUUUGGCUCAACCUUCUUUCUUCCAAUGGUGGCUUCUUCAUGAUGCUCCCAAAUCUUUUCGAAGGAAAGUUUAUGUGGCCAGAAGAAACAUCAGCGACAUUUGCAUCGCUAAACGGAAACCUAGACCCACGAUUUGAGUUAGACCGGACAAUUGAGAGAGGAAGUAAAAGAUACAAAGCAAUGUUGUCAAUUAUGGCUUCUAAGCUGUCUUACGAGAACGUUAACUUUGUUAGCUCUGUUCUUCACAACCACUGGAAGAUGGACUUAUUGGGUUUCUACAGCUGUUGGAAUGGUUACCAGAAACAAAGGUCAACAGAGGUGAUUGUUAUAAAGGACACAACUACUGAUCCGAACCUCAUCGUCGUCAGUUUCAGAGGCACUGAUCCUUUCGACGCGGAUGAUUGGUGUACCGACUUAGACCUCUCAUGGUACGAGAUUAAGAAUGUGGGAAAGAUCCAUGGAGGGUUCAUGAAAGCUUUAGGUCUUCAGACAGAAGGAUGGCCUAAAGAAGAAAAGUUCGAUAAAACCCAAAAAGAACAAACUCAUUAUGCGUACUACACUAUUAGGCGUUACUUAAAAGAGAUUCUUGACCAAAACCCGACAUGCAAAUUUAUCCUGACCGGACAUAGCCUAGGUGGGGCUCUAGCGAUUCUAUUCACGGCCGUGUUGGUGAUUCACGGCGAAGAGGAAAUGCUAGAGAAGCUCGAAGGAGUUUACACGUUUGGGCAGCCACGAGUAGGAGACCAUGAGUUUGGAAAGUUUAUGAAAAGUUCGUUGAAGAAGUUUGAGGUGAAGUACGAAAGAUAUGUUUAUUGCAAUGACAUGGUUCCUAGGUUGCCUUUCGACGACAAGACACUCAUGUUCAAACACUUUGGGCCCUGCCUUUACUAUGACAGUUUCUAUAGAGGAAAGGUAGAGGAAGAGGAACCAAACAAAAACUACUUCAACAUCUUAUGGGCUAUACCGAAGAUAAUGAACGCGGCGUGGGAGUUGAUAAGGAGUUUCAUCAUACCGCAUUGGAAAGGUGAAGAGUACAAAGAAGGAUGGCUCUUGAAGUGUUUUAGGGUUGUCGCAUUGUUGAUUCCUGGAUUGCCUGCUCAUUUUCCUAACGAGUACGUUAAUGUCACCCUCUUGGGAGACUUGACUGAUUCGCACCUUGACUAA